AUCCAACUAGAGAAUUUCCUACUUAUAUCCGCAUCGUAUGGUUGGUGAGUCAUUGAAAUGGACCGUAUAAAAUCUGUAUCGUGGAUAUCGUGUCUAUAUGGUGAAAACUGGUGUAAACAUGAGAGUGGUCACCGGUGAUUAAGUAAGUUGACGAAGUCAAGUAGUAGAAAACUCCUCGUGAUGUUAUCGCGGUUUUGUGGUUACUCGGUGAACAAGUAACGAUCUCCCAGCAUGAUAAUAACUUAUCGAUACGUACAACUCAGCUGAAAGGCGUGGCUCAAAAGAUGUUUAAAUUGUAUAUUGCCAAAUAGUGUAGAAUAAGUUAAAAAAUCAGUGCAGUACCUCGAGCGCACGAGUGACACGUCCUCACGUCCUGAGGGGAAUCCGGCUGUUAUACACGCAUUUAAAUCAGCCGCUCACGCACGGCUGUCAAAAAUAUGACUGUAACACUGGCGAAGCACCAACAUGCCAAAUACUUCCAAAGAUUUAUUCAUCUACUGCCCAAUCAGUUGGCAGUGCACGAUUCCAUCAGGUUAACAAUGGCGUUUUUCGCCCUCUCUGGCCUUGAUGUUUUAAAUUCAUUGGAUGUAUUAAGCGAACAGAAACGGUCUGAGGCCAUUGAAUGGAUAUACCGCCUUCAAGUUCGUGGAGCUGGCCCAAGGUCUGGAUUUCAGGGAUCAACUUCUGUCCCCAAGGAAGCUAGCAAAUACCAGACCGGACAUCUUGCCAUGACGUAUCUUGGGCUUGCUUCCCUUUUAACUUUAGGGGAUGAUCUUAGUCGGAUAGAUAAAAAGUCUAUUAUCCAAGGUGUUCGCGCUUGCCAAAAUGACGACGGUUCAUUCACAGCCACAUUAACCGGUAGUGAAAGUGAUAUGAGGUUUAUCUAUUGUGCUUGCUGCAUUUCGGCGAUUCUUGAUGAUUGGUCAGGCAUUGACAAGCGCAAAGCUAUUAACUAUAUCAAAGAAAGCAUUUCCUACGAUGGAGGAAUUGGUCAGGGUCCUGGUCUGGAGUCCCAUGGUGGAAGUACAUUCUGUGCAGUAGCAAGCCUGCUCUUGAUGGACAAUCUGACAAGUGCCUUGAGUGAAAAGCAGUUGAAUAGGUUGAGAUAUUGGUGUCUCAUGAGGCAAAUCGGUGGUUUUCACGGAAGACCCAACAAACCUGAAGACACUUGUUAUAGUUUUUGGGUGGGAGCUACACUACAAAUUUUAGGCGUCAGACAUCUUACUGAUGCUACAGAGAAUCGAGCUUAUGUCCUCACAACACAAGAUUCAGUUCUGGGCGGUUUAUCAAAGUUUGAUACUUCUGCACCAGAUCCUUUACAUACCUAUCUAGGACUUUGUGGUUUAAGUCUUCUCGGAGAGCCCGGCCUUCAAGCAGUGAAUGCAGCAUUAAACAUCUCCCAGAGUGCUUUUGAUCAUUUAGAAGAGAUACAUAAAAUUUGGGCAGGAGACUGAGUUCUAUAGUGAAAAAUGGAACGAUUAGUUAACGAAUAUUGAGUAAUCAUUAUGUUCAUAUCAAGCGCACAUGUCAAAGCACACCUGAAUCAGUGUUACUCUCUAUUUUGGUACAGAAGGCAAACAUUAAUGAUGUGAUGAUGGAGAGAAUACACCUAUUACAAAGCAUAAAAGUAUUGCGGGUUAGACUAUUUGUUGAAAUCAUAAUAUUAUUCCAAUGGCCAAUUGUCGAUAUCUCUCGAGUCACAACAAAAUGCCUACGACGCCAUUCCAUACAUAAUUUAUAUAUUAUACAAAAUUAUUAAGUGUAAUGCAGAAGUAUGAUGUAUUAUUUAGAUGAGAUAAUAUUGUGUACUUGUCAAUUAUCAUUGUUAUUGAAACGGUUCUAAAGUCUCGUUACCUUUCAUUCAUUAAAGUGGUUAUUCAGAAACAAGAAAUUAUGUGAAUACUGUGUAUUGAAGGCAGUGCUAAAAACUCCCUAGGACAGAGGCAAAACUACUCACGAACUCGGCAGCGCAAAAGAGGAACUGCCCUGAACUGGAUGCGCUAGAACUGGACAAAUUCCCGGGAUUAAUGUCUGAUUACAGUUGUUUUAAUUUUUACGAAUAAAAGCUCGGCUAUCAAACGUUACAAUUGCGUUAUCAGACACCUUCUCUAUGUAUAUACAUUCAAAAAUUUCAACAUAUGGAUUGCAACCUUAUGCACUAAAUAAUUGCUCCAUGAAUCAUGAUCUGACGCAAAUUCAAUUGAUUUUCAUAAAAAUCAUUUAAUGUUCAUUUGUGAGUGUUCGAAAAUCGAUUCACAACGCUUAGGAGUCAAUUAUUGAUGAGUAAUAAUUACUAGCGUUUUCAACUGGUUGCGCUUGGUAUGCACUACGUGUAAUUCGCCUCAUUUAUAACCAAUAGCAAAACUGCAAUUCUAGGGAAACUACACUUGGCGUGCACUGAGCCGGUUGAAAACGCUACAAGACAAUGUUCCAGGAAAUUUUAUCUUAAGUAGUUCUCAGUGCUCUAGUUUUUGUUACAAUUGAAUUUUGUUUAGAUGAAAUAGUGUUUCUACUUAAACAAGCAUUAAUUACAGAGGCACGUAUUUAAAUUUGAAUAAAGAUAAUUGGACAGCAAUAUAUCCCAGAAUUGAAUAAAAUAAUUUCGAAUUAUA